AUGCGUGCCCUCGCGCUUGUUGGUGCUCUGAUGAGCACUGCCUUGGUUCUUCCGGCAGGCGCAGCAUCACAGAGUACCUCCAACACCACCUGCGACCCUGGCAAGACUAUGCCUGUCUCUGUCCCUAUUUCAGCACUGCCAGUCAUCAGCUCAGUUGUCAAUUCGGAGAUUCCUGUUCCGACAAUCGUUCCAGUGCCUGAUGUCUCUGUCCCCGUAUAUGGUCAAGACACCAGCUCUCCCGUUUCUGUUGGACACUCUUCCGAGGAUAUCACCACCACCAUCAUCAAAACUGGACCAGCAAAGACUAUCACCCGCUCCUUGAAGCGAAUCUCGGUCUCAGAUGCCACAUCAGCUUUGGUGACAGGCCCGAAGAGUGUCGCUAUUCCAACCUUGUCGAGUGUUCCUGAUGCCGUCGCUUCAGAAGAGACUGCUGUGGGCGUGCCUAUUGCUGCCACAACUACAACGAUUCCGUCACGCUCAGCCUCGAGAAUAAAGAGACCCUCAACAACAUCAAUGCUUGAUUUAGGCUCAGACUCUAUCGUCACCAUCAGCAAGUCUUUGGGUUCCGAUUCUUUUGUUGAAUGGACAAAGACUAUAGCCUUGGUUCCGUCGCUCCCAGAUCUGACUGAACCAACCUCUGGUGAUUUCACCGUCUCAUUUGGGGCAAGCACAACAAUAUUCUUCACCCCUGAGCCUUUGGCUGGACCCGCCUCUAGCAGUUCGGACCCCAUCUCGAUAUUGCCAGUUCCAUCCUCAUCACCUUCAACGGGCUGGGAGACUGUUUGGGACGGCAGCCCGGCACCUGUUGAAACAACUCCACCAGUGUCAUCUGUAUUGAUGUCCCAAAUUCCUGAAAACACUGCCACUGGAGUUCUCGGGACCUCGGGUGAGCCUACUUUUGUCAAGCCUACAGUGGUUGAGCCUACAGUGGUUGAGCCUACAGUGGUUGCGCCUACAGUGGUUGCGCCUACAGUGGUCGAGCCUACAGUGGUCGAGCCUACCAGCACCGAGGCCAUUGACCUUCCUCCCACAGCUGUUGUACCUUCAAUCAGCUUGAUCACAGUCCCUUACUCGUUCCCUGCCUACGCGCCCUUGGAACCCUCGACUACUACAACUGAUUUGAUCACCUCGUUGCAGCCAUCAACAGCCCCCGCAAUUGUUGUUUUUACCCUCCCUGGUGAUGGGCUAGGCGAGCCUCGUGUGGUCACACUUACCACAAACUUGCCCGUUGUGAACGGAACUCCUUGGUUGCCGACAUCCCCAUCCAGCUCAGUAGCCGAUGUUGUGGUGACAUACACCAUGCCAGGCGGGUAUGGGCACUCAUCAUCUGUCGUGACUUUCACGACCUCAAGGCCCGUAUCAACAAAGUCUCACGUCAAAUCUUCUCCAAGCAUUUCUGGGAGCAAGUCACAAACAUCCUCUACCAAGGAAUCAAUCACCAUCGCUACUUAUGGCCCUUGGCCAUCGCCUACUCUCUCCCCCAGCAAAACUAGCACCUCCUCAUCUAAACAUCAUUCAGUCACCUCGGUGUCCUUGUCAAGUGGUGGACCGAGGCAUACCUCAAACCAUCAAACUGGCACUACCCCGUUCACAAACUCGACAAUCUCAGAAUCCAUGUCGGUGACAAUUGCACCCAGCGGCUCUGGCAUUCUGUCAUCAGCUGUCACAGACUUUCCUGCAGCAAGUGAUUCACGAAGCAUGCCUGUUGGUACCGGGGUCUCGUUUUCGCUCCCAAUCACGUCCUCAGGAGUGACUUCGAUGUCUCUUGGAUCAAGCACCAGACGCACCACAACGCGAGGAACAGGAAUCAGCUCCUCGGGGGACACGUUUACCAGUGCUGUCGGCACCCCUUUCCGCCCAUCUCCAGCUCCCAGCGUGACUGCACCUCCACCUGGGUCUUCCAACAUAAGUGGAACGGGUUCUGUUGUAGUGCCCACACAUACUGGCCCCAUCCUGCCUGCACAGUCGUCAAUCAAUGCCACAGGUUCAUUUUCUUCAAACAUCACCACGGCGCCGCUUAGUGGAGCUGGUCAAUCAGUCACCGUCAAUUCCACAGCCUUCGGCGUCCCUCCUCAGGUCACACCGACGAGUGGGCCUGGCCAAGGGGGUUUCAACAGUACAGGCCGCUCGACCUCUGCAGCUCCAACUGGGACUUCUUCGUCAAUAUCAUCUAGUUCUUCAGUAUUUCUCCUGAACGGCACAUUGACUGCAGUCAGCGGCGUGUCCACCUCGACGCGGCCCAGUAUGUCCCAAGGUAACUCGGGAGCUUCAGUUCCAUUGGAAACUUCAACCCCCAUCAGUGUUGGCUUGUCCACCGCAGUGAACGCCACCUCAGCUUCGAUCACUUCGGCUACAAGCUCGACACGUCUUGAGCAGACUCAAGCUGGUCCAGGAGUUUCUACCUCACUCCCGGAGCCAACAGAAACAGCGGUUGGCCCCGUUCAAUCCCAAAAUGUUACCUUGUCUCUAUCGGCUUCUGGGAACUUGACUUCGUCUGCGAGCGCCACUACUGGCCCGAUCUCUACCACUGCUUCUACCCGUGGUCAAGGUCAAGGAGGGGUCGAUCUAUCAACUGCAGGGUUGUCAAACACAACAUCACCCGACACCUCCACAACCAUCAGCCAGGGAGGCGGCUCGCCAUUGCAGUCCCAAGACUCAGCAGCAUCAGCAAAUGCCACAUCCGGUACGAAUACUUCAAGCACAUCUACCGUCUCGCGAGUCGGCCAAACAGUGGGAGGCCCGUUUCCGACAAGCUCGACCGUUCCAGGUCGACAAACACAAGGCGGUGAUGCUGGUGAAGCACCAACGACAACAAAUGUCUCUGCGAACAGCAGCGAUACAUUAACAUUGACAACAAGUCGAGCCGUCCAGACUCAAGGUGGGGUUUCCUCUGCUUUGACUGCAAUCAACGAGACCACAGCGGUCACCCCCUCAUCAGCUCGCCAGCCUCAGAGCCAAGGUGCUGCUAGCACUUCACCAACAGCAACCUGGCCUCCAAUGACCACGCAGUCUAUAAACGGCACCGGUAUUAAUUCAGCAUCUGCGGGUGUCAACAGUUCGUCCGCCAUACCUCCAUUGAGCCAAGGCAAUUCGCCUGCCCCUACCACAAGCGCUCCUCGCAGUCAAGGAGGCCAAGGAGGGCAAUCCACGCAAAUUGCGACUGAUAAUUCCUCAGGAAAUGCAUCAUUGACCACACAGGCAAGCAGCACAGCUUCGUCGGUGGGCCAAAAUGCACAGUCGCAAACGACAUUAGCCACGGUCGUCAACCCUGCUACAAACUCGACCACCGCUAUUCCUGCAACCGGCACGGGAUCUCCUUUGUUUUGCGGGAAUGAAUGGGAUCGUGGAAAUGAGACUAUCAACUUUGAUGAUAGAGCUGCACUCCAAUGGUCUAACCCGACUUGGGCAAUGCCUCUGUUUGUGCCUUACCAUCGCCUUUACUUCUCUGAUGGGUUUAGCAUUGUUCCACCUCCCAACCAGACACACAAUCCAUCUUCUGGUAACAACAUGACCAUGUGGUCACCCCCCAACUCAUCAGUCACAGCAGUAGGGCAAAUUGGUUUUGGGCCUCUGAGCGACAACAGCUGCUUCCGAUUCAAUCCACUUUCAUUCGACCUUGGCUGCAACACGACUGAGAACUACUGCCGCUUCAACAUAAGCGGCUUACGAUAUGACGGUGUGUCUGAACAAGAACAACAAGUAUCCCAGUUCGAGGUAUCAUUCCCGUCAUGCAGUGCCAACAACUUUACGAACUGCAGCCUCACAACUGUUAACCUGAGUCGAGACAAUUUAACGGACCUCACCUCCAUCACAUUUGACAACAUCGGGAACAGUUCAAGGGUCUGGUUUGGGGACGACUUCAAAUUUGCUUGGGCAAAUGAUACUUGCGAAGCAGGAAGAUGUCGAGCCUUAGUUCCCAAUCUUUCCCAUCGAGUCCGUGCCGCGCAUUUUCGGUCUCCAAGACGAAGGUUUCUGCACCACGAGGGGGCUGCGGUUCACUUGUCAGCCUCGCAGUGGUUCCGGGGAGUUCUAGGCGCAGCAUGA